AUGUAUCGGAUGAUCAAGAUGUGCCCACGUGAUCAAAAAUUGCAGCUGAUUUUGUGGAGGAACGACACCGACGAACCUAUCAAAGUGUUUCAGCUCACGACCGUUACGUACGGAACCGCUUCCGCUCCUUUUCUAGCUACACGUUGUAUGGUUCAGCUAGCAGAAGACGGAGAAGAUACACAUCCAGGUGCAGCAAAGGUGCUGCGGAAAGAUUUUUACGUCGACGAUAUGAUCACUGGCGUCGACAACCCCGAAGAAGGAAAACGGCUAGUCGAAGACACAAUCGCCCUCACAGACUCCGCUGGAUUCACACUACGCAAGUGGAACUCCAACUGUGAAGAGGUGCUAAGGGAGUUGCAGCCUGAUCGUUGUGAUCAUCGAGCGGAAUUCGAAAUGGACUCGUCACCUCCAAUUUCAACCGUGAAAACGUUGGGUCUCGUCUGGUGCACCAGAACCGACAACUUCCGUUUCACCAUGCCCGAGUGGAAUACAACGUCGGUGGUUACAAAACGAGUUGUGAUUUCCGACGCGUCCAAGCUCUUCGAUCCAUUGGGUCUGAUAGGGCCAGUCGUCGCCGAAGCUAAAAUCUUUAUCCAGACACUGUGGAAGCUGGAACUAAACUGGGAUGACCCGCUCCCAGAAAACCUUCAGGCGUUUUGGUUGGACUACCGACGGAAUCUUAGUUCUCUGGAAUCCAUUAGCAUUCCACGAUGGGUUGGGUAUACCCAAGAGUGUGUCGCAACCGAAUGGCACGGAUUCUGCGACGCUUCAGAUAGCGCAUACGGCGCUUGUUUGUAUCUCCGCUGUACUUACGCGGACGGCUCUGUGCGUGUCCAGCUAAUGAUGGCCAAGUCACGAGUAGCGCCACUAGAGGACCUGAAGAAGAAGAAACGUAGGCAGACUACGCCCCGUCUUGAACUGUCAUCCGCCCUGCUUCUCAGUCAUUUGUACGAGAAAGUCAGUCAAGCCACCUCACUGGUAAUUCCGUCGUACUUCUGGACCGAUUCCAACAUCGUAAAAUUCUGGAUUGCGUCGGCACCAUCGCGAUGGCAAACCUUUGUGGCGAAUAGGGUGUCCGAGAUCCAGCACCUGACGAAAGGCGGCGUGUGGAAUCAUGUUGCAGGCAUUGAGAAUCCAGCAGACGUUCUUUCGCGAGGAAUAUCAGCCACACAGCUAGAGUACCAGCCACUCUGGUUCAACGGACCUGUUUGGUUGCAUCAAGGUCAAAGCUUCUGGCCUGCAACUCCAAAUGUCAGCGUUGAACACUUUGAUCCAGCCUCUCUUGAAGAACGGAAAUCCGUAGCCCUGCCACUGCAAGUCACUACACCAAACGAAAUAUUCUCGCUACGGUCGACACUAUUUUCUCUCGUUCAGUGGAGGCUUUAUUACGUCGAUUCCGUCACAACUCUCAAAGAACGAAUCAAAACUCCAGGAAACUCGGCGACAUUAGCACGCCAGAAUACGAAGAUGCUCUACUGCAAAUGGCUCACCUCUUUCAAGAAGAAUGCUUUCCCCAGGAGUUUGCAAGUCAGUCCCGUGAGGAUCAUGUGA